AGCGGCUCCGUCACACACCGGAUGAGCACCCUUCCCUUCCUCUUCUUGGCCGGGCUGCUGUGUCUUCCUUCCGGCUUGCCGAAGAAAGUUGAGGAGGGUUCAGCGGCAACUGGGCUUUUACACAAUGGACAGCCAGGGAAGGAAAGUAGUGGUCUGUGACAAUGGAACCGGGUUUGUCAAGUGUGGCUAUGCAGGCUCCAACUUCCCAGAGCACAUCUUCCCUGCGCUCGUUGGGAGGCCCAUCAUCCGUUCCACAGCCAAAGUGGGAAACAUUGAGAUCAAGGACUUGAUGGUAGGAGAUGAGGCCAGCGAGCUGCGCUCCAUGCUAGAGGUAAACUACCCCAUGGAGAACGGCAUUGUCAGGAACUGGGAUGACAUGAAGCACCUUUGGGAUUAUACCUUCGGCCCGGAGAAACUCAACAUCGACUCUCGCAACUGCAAGAUCCUCUUGACUGAACCCCCCAUGAAUCCCACCAAAAACCGGGAGAAAAUCAUCGAGGUGAUGUUUGAGACCUACCAGUUUGCAGGAGUCUACAUUGCUAUUCAGGCUGUCCUGACGCUGUACGCUCAGGGCCUCCUGACUGGUGUGGUGGUGGAUUCAGGUGACGGUGUGACACACAUCUGUCCGGUGUACGAGGGUUUCAGUCUGCCCCACCUGACAAGGCGUCUGGACAUUGCAGGGAGGGACAUCACUCGCUACCUCAUUAAGCUGCUGUUGUUGAGGGGUUACGCCUUCAACCACUCUGCAGACUUUGAGACGGUUCGCAUGAUGAAGGAGAAGCUGUGCUACGUGGGCUACAACAUCGAGCAGGAGCAGAAGCUGGCGCUGGAGACCACCGUGUUGGUGGAGUCGUAUACGCUGCCAGAUGGCCGUGUGAUCAAGGUGGGAGGAGAGCGCUUUGAGGCCCCCGAGGCUCUGUUCCAGCCCCACCUCAUCAACGUGGAGGGCGUCGGAGUGGCUGAGCUCCUCUUCAACACCAUCCAGGCCGCUGACAUAGACACCAGGGCCGAGUUCUACAAACACAUUGUGUUGUCCGGAGGCUCCACCAUGUACCCAGGUCUGCCAUCCCGACUGGAGAGGGAACUUAAACAGCUAUACUUGGAGCGUGUGCUCAAGGGAGAUGUGGACAAACUUUCGAAAUUUAAGAUCCGGAUUGAAGAUCCUCCCAGGCGAAAGCACAUGGUGUUCCUGGGCGGAGCUGUGCUGGCCGACAUCAUGAAGGACAAGGACAACUUCUGGCUGACCCGAGAGGAGUACCAGGAGAAAGGAGUCCGCGUGCUGGAAAAACUUGGAGUCACCGUCAGAUAAAGCACCAGGACGGACAGAACAACCUCACACACCUGAAAAAAAACACCAUUCACAAACACAUUUCUUCCAUUCGCCCAUAUUGCAGAGUUUAUCUAUUUAUCCCUCUUUAUUUUAUUUUUUUCUUGAGCCUCAGAUGCUUUUGAUUUUCCUCAAACAUCCAAAAGAAUCAGAGUUGACCUCUUCUUGCUCCUCUUCUCUCCUCCUACCUCUCUUCUCUCCUGUUUGAAGAUUGGCUCAGAUCCUGGCUAGGACACCCCAUGAAGAAGCCCCCAGCUUGACCGGCCCUGCUGAUGGAAGCAGUUUUUCUUUUUUGUUUCCUGGGGGAGACGUUUACCUGCAGAUAGAUUCUCCAACCCAGCAGCUUCAGGCCUUUAGGAGGAUUAAAACGAUGCAAAGUUUCAAUCUCAUUCACAGCCCCCUCACAAACAGCCACGGCCGCUUUCAGCACCUGAUAUAGGCGAGCGUGAACCGAUCACAUUUUUUUUUUUUUAUAUGAAUGAUAUGACAUGUUUUCUGGUGAGGGAUUAUUUUCUUUGGCUGGAUUCUGUUUUGUUUUCCUCUAUCUUCUCCUCCUGGUGUUGUGCAUUGCUACCAUUAAAUGGUGAGCACAGGGUGACACACUCUUCACUUUCUUCUUUUAUAUAAAUAAUGGUUGAUUCAUAAAGGGACAGAAAAAAAAAAAACGAAGUAAAAGCCCCAGAGCUUGACGGCGAGUGUGUGACGGUACGUUUGGGGUUAUUCGGGGGGGUGGGGGGGUUAUAUUUCACGGUUAAUAAACGGGAAGGAUUUCAGAUUUGUUUAUAACGCAGCUUAGCCUCUGUCUCCUGUUUUUGGAUGUAAAGCUGAGGCUGAAGGAGCGGACAUACGUUUGGAGGCAGACGCAGGUUGAAUGAUUAUAAAGCUUGGAAAAUAUCACAUCAUCCUGAUGAAAGUAGAAAUGUUUGAGGUCUCUGACUCUUACCGGAGGCACUUCUAUUUCGGGUAUUAAAAAAAAUAAAAAAAAUGUGUAUAUUGUUAUUUUUUUGCCUUCCCCUCUUUCCAUGAACGUCUAUCCAGUGCCAAGUGCAGUUAAUGUUAACUGGAUCUCAUGUUUUAAUGUCUUUUUUUGUUGCUUUAUUUUCUUUUUUAUUUCUUGUGUCGUUCAUAGCAUAACUGCCUAACGCUGAUUUAAAUAAAAGUGAUUUAUAAUGA